AUGUCAACUUUAAGUGAGAAUUUAUUGUGCUACUCGGGUAUCAACAACAAAGUAACAAUGAUUCUGUGCGAUUCGAAUACUGAAUUCUGUUACAAACAAGUGAUGCCAAACGGUAUCACUGUAAUGGAUUGUGACAGAAGUAAAAAAUUUGGAUUUUGCAAAGAUGGGAUAGAAGGAUGUGAGCAGCGACAUAUUAAGGGACAGAUAUGUUGCUGUACGAAAUCGAAAUGUAAUGCAUGUGAACAGGUAUAUAUGAAGCAUUUUACCUUAACUGCUUUAAUUAUAUUAAUUGAUACCAAUAGAUUCUUUUAUUCAUUGUAA